GUGCAUGUGUGUCAAAAAUGACUUCCUGUCACAGUGAAACUGAUGGCGUCUUGACAAAGAACAACAAUGGAUUGGAUACGCUGGGCGUUUGUCUGCACGUGUUAUCUUUCGAUCGUAACAAUAGCGUUGGGCAGACUUACUAAAGACAGAUACAUCAUUUCAGUUGAUAUAACCUGUGGCCAGUUAUACAAUGACGUCACCCUGCUCACAGCACAGACGGACAUGACGGACGCUCUCCCGUACGCAGUGUGCAAGGGGCGACAUCGUUUCAACUACACAGCGCUCAACCGCGCCACCUACACGUUGAACGUUACCACGGAGGGUGACCCAACCAAGCAGUGUGUUUUCUUGAAACACGAUGGCACGUGGACGUAUCACGUGGUCACCUACGUCCCGAUAUCGGGGAGGUUCUUCGUGGAAGAAGACGCUCCCUACGUCACGACGUGUGACUACGCUGCUCACGGUAAAGUCAACAGCGCCGACACCAACUACGUGGAAAGUCGGAGACCCGUGGAAGAACUGUUGUACAACAUGGGACCACUGAGUCACUCAUCUGUGGAAUUCUACCUCAUCGAUUCCAUGGAUAAACGAAUUGUUGGUGACAUCACGCUCGGACAGACGAUCAGGAUUAUAGCAAACCUUAUUAGUAAUAGUACGCUGGAGGUUAGUUUGCAGACCGUGUCAUGCAAGGCAAGAGGCGUUCGUUCCACAUACCCCAUCAUACUAGGCGGCUGCGGUGACGGAAUCAUCAUCGCCAAGGACUCCGGUUUCACGACAUCUGCCCGACAGACAACAAGUCCUUACUUCCGGUCAUUCAGACUGCCCGGAUCGAAAUCCGUGUCAUUCGAGUGUGUCUUCGUGGUGUGUUCGACCGACUGUGAUGGAUCCUCUUGCGUGCAUGCCGACAGAAGAAAACGUUCAGCAGCUAACACAGAACUAGUAUACACAGCAGAACUGACAUUAAGAUAUCACGAUAACCCACCAGACUCGCGUAACAAACCAGCACCUUACCAGCACGACCCAAGCGUCGUACUUCCGGUCUCAAGGUUAUCACCAGUGAAAUUCGAGAUUCCAGAGUCUGCCUCGAGCGCCUCGAAUUCCGCCACGAAGACACACAUAGACCAAUCAGAAACGAUUACAUUUAAUUUGACCGCCGUGCAAUCUAAAUCUAAAUUGGGUCAGGUUAAUCAAAUGCAAUUCGAUACCAAUGUCGUAAACAAAGCGACGAGAAGUCCAAAACGGCUGACGUUUGCUUCGUCUAAUGAAUUGGACAAACUUUAUUCAGUGAGAAUGGGAGAGGCAAACAGGUCCACUUACUCAUGGCCAACGGAACAAUUGGAUUCUUCAAACAAGAUCGAUACGGUUCCGACGUCGCCAAGAAAAACAUAUGGUACGCUGAAGUUAGGAAGACGUGCAAAGAGGAAAAAAUUGUCACAAAAUGUCAAGGACAAAGGAAUUGAGGCGAUGAUAAGAAGUCGUCUGUUACCACGAAAAAGGGCGCCAAACAAAGAAAUCCUUUAGCGGAAUGUAGGUUAAUUCCAAGAGAUGGACAGAAAAUUGUGUUUUUUAAAAACUCAACCUGAGGUAUACGGAGAAAAUUAAAAACCCUUUUUCGCAGAUUUACGGAAAUAAGGAUUGAAUUAAAAUUCUGAAUUAUCGAAAAAAAGAGGAGGAAAUAAGACACUGAACAAAAAUUAACAAUAUUUCCAGUUUGAUAGAAAUUGAAAAUCCAACUGAUGUCGAAGGAAUUACAUGUAAUCAAUUUUAAGGAAAUAAUUAUUAAUAUAAAAUUGAAAUAACAUCUUGCAUAUCGCAUUCCUUCACUGAUCCAGCAAGCAAUCAGUCGAUACGUCAUGGGUUGAAUGACAUAAUACAGUAGCCCUAUGCAUUAUUAGACGGUCCAACCACAAAUCUUAAUACUGAAUGUUUAUGCUGGUGAAAGAUGGUUAUAAAUACAAAUAUAUUUUGCAGGUUGAAUCUUU